AUGCUUUCGUGCAAAAAGUUCUCCAAACUCUUUGCAGUAGCCGCCGCAAUUUCUGCCUUCGCUGUUCAUACCGCUGAUGCGCGUGCGACCGACUGUGAAAUGGUUCACGAUGCGCCAACUCCAGCUCCAAGUGUUCCCGUGCAGCUACUUCCUCUUGUCCCGACUGAUGUUGAUGGCCAGUCUGCUGUUCAGCAAGGUGAAAUGGUUCACGAUGCGCCAACUCCAGCUCCAAGUGUUCCCGUGCAACUACUUCCUCUUGUUCCGACCGGUGUUGAUGACCAGUCUGCUGUUCAGCAGGUAGACUUGAUCGAAAAGUCUGGUAUUCCGAACGAGAGUCCAAACCCCAGUGUUGAUAUCAAUCCUGAAUCCUCGUAUGAAAAUCAUGACUCUGACAGCAUUCUUCGACCUAUCAACGAACCUGACGCCUAUAGUGACAACCUGCCGGUCCCUUUGAAUGACUUAAGUAGCGUUAUCGACGGGACCCCUGCCAUUCCAGUCGUGCCUGUCGAUUUGAAUGACAUAAGGAAGGAUAACCCAGCCAUAGACGAUGAUCUAAGCCGGAACAUUCCCAGAAAACCCGAUCAAUCGCGAAAUGAAAUGAACGAGUCUACUGAUACGAGUACUGACAUUCCCCUUCCUACAAAUGAAGUGGACGGUACCACAAGUGCACAUAACGACACUCCUGCAUCAAUCGACAACGUGGAAGUCACGACCACCGCUAGUCAUGACAUUUUAAGCCGGGAACAGACAACCUUUAACGAAAACGGUGACAUCAAUCAUUCCCCCAAUGAUCAAAUUGAUGCUAGCACAAGUAGUAUUAUUUCUACUCCCCCCAACGGGAAACAAGGCACUACAAGCGAAAAGAACGACAUGCCGGCUUCUUCCGAUGGAGAAGUCUCAACCGGUGUCAACAACGACGCUCCCCUCCCUAUAAACGAUGUCGAUGGAGUCACAAGCGUAAGCAGCAGCACUCCUGCAUCGUCCGGCAAUAUGAUCGCUACCUUUAACGCAAACAAUGGAAUUUCCGUUCUUAUAAACGGGGAAACUGAAGCCCCUAUCGUGAACGACACCAGCGCGAGCAAUGUCAGUUCCACGACUCUUACAGCUGAACAGGACACAACAAGCGUGAAAAAUGAUGCGUCGACUUCUUCGGAUGAGACCAAAGUCACUUCUAGCGGCAAUAAUGAUACCACAGCCCCUGCCAGUGCCAACAGCAAUACCCCUGCCCUGGCUAACACCAAUAUCGACACCCCCGUUCCUGCUAAUGUCAUUAAUAAUGCUCCGACUCCUGCCAACACCGAUACAAAUACCCCUGCUCCUGUUAGUCCCAAUGCGAAUACCCCUGUUCCUGCUAGUCCCAAUGCGAAUACCCCUGCUCCUGCUGACACCAACACGAAUUCCCCUGCUCCUUCAAGUAUCAAAAACGACACGCCGGUCCCAGAUAGCUUCAAAACUGACGCUUCAGUCCCUGCUAACAUCAAUAAUGGUACGCUGGUCCCUGCUAGCAGCAAUACCGACACGUCUGCUCCUGCCAAUGUCACUCAAACUGUUAUUGAUGAUGGCGCUUCUUCGUUAAACAAAAGUGAUGACAAAAAUGGUGACGAUUCCAAUUUGACAGUUGACAAAUCCACGACCAGCGAAGUUGCAUCGAUUGACAGUACCAAUACGCUGACUGAUGAUGUCAACACGUCUGCUCCAAACCCAACGGAAUCUCAAAGUAACAUGUUCAACGACAGCACAACCAGCACCGACGUCAUUAGCACAUUAGACGACGUUGAGCAGAAUGACGUUGAGCAGAAUGACGUUGAGCAGAAUGACGUCGAUAGUAAUGUUUCAAGUAAACCUGAAAACGGUGGUCUAGAAGACGUCGAUCAUAAUGUUUCGACUAAACCAGACGACGAUUCAAACAAUGCUAUCCAGAGUGAUAUAGACGUGGAUGCUUCGUCCACCAUGCAAGGCGAUGCAAGUACCAGCACAGGCACGUUUGUCAGUCCGGACACCAACAGUGGUCUCAAUGCAGGCGUAGACCUUGGCGCAGGCGCCGAUCUCAGUGUAGGCCCCAAUCUUGGAGCAGGUGCUGGUUUUGAAGCAGGCGCUGAUCAUUACGGAGGCGCUAAUCUUGGUGCGCACGCAGGUCAUGGUACUGGCCUCGGUGUAGGUGCUUUCGGUGUCGGUGGUUUUGGCGCAGGUGUUGGUUUUGGGGCAGGCCUUAAUCUUGGUGCGCACGCUGAUUACAGUGCUGACCAUGGUGCUGGCGCUGAUCUUAGUGCAGGAACUGGCUUUGGAGUAGGCGCUGGUCAAUACGGGGGCAGUAAUCUCGGUGCGCACACUGGCUACGGUGUCGGUGUCGAUGCCAGUCAUGAUGCAGCAGCUGCUGUCUUCGGAGCAGGAGUCGAUCAUUACGGAGGAGGUAAUCUUGGCGCUGAUCAUUACGGAGGCGGUAAUCUAGGUGGCUUUGGUGCCGGUGUGGGUCUUGGAGCCGGUGCUGGCUUUGGAGCAGGCACUGAUCAUUACGGAGGUGGUAAUUUUGGUGCGCACGCUGGCUUUGGUACCGGUGCCGGUGCAGGUGCUGGCUAUUCUGGCUUUGGCGCAGGUACAGGUUUCACUGGUAAUGGUCAUGGUGUAGGGGGUGUAGGUGCUGGACAUGGAAUCGGUGCUAGUUUCGGUGCGAACGCUGGCAACUACCGUCGUCUGCGCAGAAACUUCUAA